UCACAAUGAAUCAUUGAUCAUCAUGAAUAAAUCUCAUAAUGAAAUGUCUAUUGAUUCUAUUUCAAAAAAAUCAAUUAAUCAACAACAACAACAACAAUCAUCAAUCAAUAGUUUAUCGAAAACAACAACAAUAUUAUCCUCAUUAAAUACACCGGAUUCGUUUGACAACGACAACAACAAUAACACAAAGAAUGGGUUGAACAAAUCAAUCGUAUCAUCCACAUCAACAACAGCAACAUCGUCAUCGAAAAAUGAAUCUCAAAAUGAUUCAUUAUCAAAUGACCAUAAUAAUCAAUCUCCAUCAUCGUCAUCAUCAGCAGCAGCAGCAGCAAUUAUAAAAAACGAAACAACAAAAUUUCAUACAAUUAUAACAACACAAAGUGAUCAUCCAUAUUCAUCGAAAUCGAAACGUAAAAUAACAAAAAAUAUCAAAAAUAAUACCUUGACAACAACACCAAGAACAAGAAAACGGAAACGACAAGAAACCACGACGACGACGAAUAAUUGUUUAAAGAAAAUUUUAUUGAAUAAUAAUUUAUCAGCAGAAAAAAUUGCAAUUUUUCCGAUUAAAGUGGAUCUACAUCACGAUUCGUCAAAGAUAUUAUUCGUGAACGAAAACGAAAUUGAUUCCGAUCAUUGUCUAAUUGGAAAUAAAAAACAAAAGUCAAUAUCUAAAAAAAUGGCAAGAGAAAAUCAUCCUACAGGUACUGCCAAUCUUAUGGGGGCAAUUCCAAAUAACCAUAAUGGCAAUAGUUGUAAUGAACAACAGAAAAACAUUACUUUCGUACAACAUUAUCAACACCAACAACAACAAUUACAACAGCCACCACAACAAACGUCAUCGUCAUCAUCAUUUGGGCAAGGAAAUUUAUUCAUGAUGAAUAAUCAACAGUUUAUAUCGACUGGAAACAACAACAAUAUAGAGAUGGCCGAAAUUAUCAGCAAUAAUAAUUUGCCUGUUGUUGGUAGUUGUUCAUUUGCCGAUAAUAGAUGUGAUGAUAAUUUAAAUUCUUCAUCCUCGUUUCAUUCAUUACCUCCAGUUCAGACCAUUUUAAAUAAUAGUAGUGGUAGUAGUAAUAAUUUGCAAAAUUUUCAAUCAAAUAUCAAUGAUUUUAAUACGGAAACAUCAUUCAAUUUUUCAUUUGAAAAUGAUUUAAAUUUCAACUUUAUUCCAGAUCCAAUUCUGGAUGAUGAUUUGGAUAUUACAAAUGGAAAAUAUUUGGAAUAUGGAUUAUAUAGUUCUGAUGAUAAUAAUUGUAAUAAUCAACAACAGCAGAUCUCAUCUUUAUUGCCAUUAUCAUCAUCAACAUCACCAAACAUAAUCUCGAAUGGUCAUGAUCUCUAUAAUAAUAAUAAUUCUGCUCAGAAUAUUAUGCCUGAACAAUCGAAUGGACUUUCAUAUAAUAACCAUAAUCAUCUUUCAUUGCUUACCUCGGAUCCAUUUAUUGACAAUAUCAAUUUGAACAAUGAUUUGUCCAAUUUUGGAAAUAAUGAAUAUAUUGAAUUUGAACCAGAUCUUAAAAACGAGGUUUAUAUAAUGGAAAACUAUUUUGAUACUAAAAAACAAAAAUCUAUGCCUUUAAGCCCAUUGUUGAAUGGUAAUAACAAGCAUAUACAAGAAAUGACAUUAACACAAUUGAAUUCAAUGGAAAUUCCGAGUGAUAAUCAUAAUCAUUUGCGCCGUUCUAACAAAAUCUGGUCUAAUGGAGAGUUUGGAAUGGAUUUCAAUGCUAAUCAACAGGCAAAAGUUUUAUUGGCCAAAAAUAAUAUUGCAAUCGAAAAUAAUGGCCAAUCAAGUUGUUCGAAUUCAUUUGUGGAUGAUUCGGUCUUAUUUUGUCAACAACAACGAAAAAUCCAACAACAACAACAACAGUCCAAUUUGUUUAUGGUCAUGCAACAGACAAACGAUACCUCAUCAACAAAUAAUAAAGGUUCUUUUGGUAUUCAAGAAAAUGUUAUCAAUCAGUCAUUACCUCGCCAACAACAACAGAAUCAGUACUCUAGUCCACAAAAUCUACAAGGACAACAGCCUAAUAAUAAUAAUAUUGCCAUUGUGAAUGAUGUGAAUAGACAAACAAUCAAUUUUAUCGCUAAUCAAUCGGAAUUGAAUAGCCUAAUUGUUCUCGAUAAUCGAAUGGCAAAUAAUCUAGUCUCGUUGAAAUUUCCAACUCAUCAUCAUAAUGAUAAUAUCAACAAUUCGAAUGAUACGAAUCAAAACAUUUCUCAAACGAACAACACAACAACGAUUUCCUGUCCAUCUUCGACAAUUCCAUCUUUUCCACCAAAUAGAAUGUCUGGAAACAAUUAUAAUAAUAAGCUAAAAGAAUCUUGUACUACAAUGGUUCAAAUGAUUGCUGGUUUACCUAAUAAUAAUAAUGAUAAUAAUGGCAACAUUAUCACUACCAUGAUUGCUACGGCCAACAAUCGUAUUCGUAACGAUUCAAUGAGUACUGAUAUCUCUGACGAAGGUUUUGCAAGCCAUUCAGAAAAUGAUUCCGAUGAUAAUUCGGAUAAUAAUUCAGAAAUGAUGAUGAUGAACAACAUGAAUGUCAGUAUUGAUCAUGUUAACGAAUCUAAAUUGUUAAUGGUCGAUAAUAAUAAUGAUAUGAAUCAAAAUCUCAAUCCAAUUAACAAUAUUCCUCAUGUUGAUUGCAAAGAAGAAGAUGUAGAAAGCAUUUAUGAUAUGGUUAAAAUUGAACCAAAACAAACAUGUGAAAAUAAUAAUGUUUGGAUCACUAAUGAUAAUGAUCAUCAAUCGAAAGCAUCAAAUUCAAGUGUUCAGGCCAAAAAUUCGAAUAACAUCGAUGAAAAUGAUGAUUCCGAAGAUGAAGAUGAUGAUGAAUCUUUUUUUGGUGAUUAUAAUAAUUCUGAUUUAUUGAAUGCGACCAUUUCUGAUGAUGUAAACAAUAAAUGGUCAUUGAAUAUGGGCCGAUCACGUAAAGGUCAUGAUAAACGAUAUUUUUGGCAAUAUAAUGUUCAAUCUAAAGGUCCAAAAGGUCCUCGACAACAACGACCCAUCGAUGACAAGGAUGAGGAUGAUCCACAUGUCUUGAAAGAGACUACAGAUCCGGUAUUUGCACCGGAUUGCCAGAUUGAAGGUGUUAAACAUUCCGGUAAAGCUCGUAAAGGCGAUGGUAAUGAUUUGACGGCUAAUCCAACUAAAUUGCUUAAGAUUGGUCUUGAACUAAAAAAACUUGGCAAAAUAUUGAAUAGAUUGACACCUGUUACCGAAGUGCCCAUGAAUUGUCGUAAUAAAUCUCGAAAAGAGAAGAAUAAACUUGCAUCAAGAGCCUGUAGGCUGAAGAAAAAAGCACAACAUGAAGCUAAUAAAAUUAAACUGCAUGGAUUAAAACGGGAACAUGGCCGAUUAAUCAUAAAAAUUCAACAGAUCCGUUGCCUGAUUGAGAUGGCCAUUCGAUUUAGAAAAACAGCACAACCACAAAAUUGUAAUUUAUCUGAUAAAUUUCAAUAUCGAAUCACAUCGAUUUCCGAUCCACAUCAAAUAUUACAACAGAUCAACAAUCGGAUUGAUGCGGAAAUUGCAGGAAAAACAGCCGAUUUUGUUAAUCAAAUCUUGGAAAAUGUCACUAUGGGCAUUAAUGAUGGUGGAAUUGAAAAUUACUGAAAAUAACAACAUCUGAUUUGUUUGAUUUUAAAGAGAUUGUGUGUCAUUCAUUUAUAUUGAGAAAUGAAUCAAUUAAUCCGUUCAUCGAUUUUACAUGACUAUUAAUCACUACUAUAUAUUACUACUACAACUACUACUAAUACACACUACUCAUCAUCAUCAUCAUAAAUCUACGAAAACGAUAUUACGAAUUGAUUAAAGUGAAUGACAUAUAAAAAAAACCCAAAUGUACGAAGAUUUGACAAACAAAUUAUUGUGAAACGGAUAUAAAGUGAUAUUGUUCCAUUUUUUUUCUAUUAAUACGUUCACAUCAACCAUACACAAUUCAAUUUACACAUCAUUAUCAUUUGCAAAACAUAAUCAUUAUCCAUCCAGAACCUCGAAACUUAUCAUUAUCUUAUGAUCUAGCUGAAUUCAUUAUUCAUUUAUUAAUCAAUCGGCUUCAUCAUCAUCAUUUGAUGGAUAAUUAUUACAUAGAGUUAUAUGCCUCUUAUCAUCAUAUACACAUUUAUGGUGGCCUAUUAUUAUUGAUCAUCAUCAUCAAUCCGGUAUCAUCAUAAUGAUG